AGCUUCCCUCUGCUGACAAGCAUUAUUUUCAUUUUCAAGCAGGACAUGAUACUCACCCACUCUGCCAAAAGUACAGACCUGCUUUACUGACCAUGAUUUCACAGCCAUUGGUUGGGCAUUGGCCUCAGCUCCACCCCUCAGUGGAUGGAAGUGGUAUUCAGCUCCGGGCCUCUGUAGGGCCGACGUCCUGCAGCUUUAAGAUCCGUCUCUGGUCCAACAUGCCUGAACCAAAUGGCUGAAUUACCUCCUCACUUUGCUCACACAAACAAAGAAUUUGACUUCAGUUUAGUUUUUGCAAAUAGCACCCUGUAGGCCUGAAGGUACAAUUGAAACAGUUUGUGUCCAGGAUAUGUGGGGUCUGCAGAGAUGUUAGGUGACCUUUUCUUGAUCCUAGACAAGUCCUGGAAGAAUGAAAUGGUAAGAUCUCCUCUCUGCAGACCUCAUUGGUCAUUGCAUUCUGGUCCUGAAAUGUUUUAUGUUGAACUAAACCAAACUGGAUAAACACAGAACUGACUAAAUUAUGGCAGAGCAUAUGAUGAGGAAGCAAAGUCUCUGCUGGGCCUUCUUCUGUGUGUUAGGAUCAUCUCAGGUCAGGAGAAAAGCUUGGUUCCUCUGAACUGGAAGCGAUCUACAGCAGACAUGCCGUAGUUUAGGACUCUUGUAAUGCUGUACGGACUGCACAACCUGCAAAUACGGACUGGAUUCUUUACCCAGCAUGAGCAGCGAAACUAUAAAGUCCAUUCUUUCCCUCAGUCUUGGCAUCACCGACCAGUAAACAUCGACGAGAGGCAGAGAGCCAGACUUUCUGUUUGUAGAGACUCCAUGGACACGAGCAUCAGCAGGUCUUUGUCUCAUUUACAAGACUGGAGCUUUGUGAAGGAAAAGAAGAGGUGAAUUCAGGGAAGUGUGUGUGUGUGUAGUUAGCUGGGACAUUCGUUCACUUUAGCACUGAGUUCGUAGGAAACAAAAAGCGCGCACCGCAAGAGGGAGCGGUUUUCUGUGUGGAUUUGGUGUCUGUUCUGGACUCUGCGUUACAUUUCAGCUCGUGGCUGAGUUGGUUGGAGCUGUGGAGCCGAAACACAGCCGGCGCUGGAGGAUGUUUGUCACUGUCCUGUUUGGAGACGGCAGGAUGGAAAUGUUAAACCUAAACUGUAAACUGGUCAACUUCAUUCAUCACCUGAAGGAAAAGUGUGGCCUGGACUUCAAAGAGCGCGUGGAGCUGAUGGACAGCGGGGGCCGCGUGAUGAACCUGGAGCCGCUGCAGCACAGCGGGGCCCCGGCCGGCAGCGUGCUGGCAGCCAGGCGGCUCUACGUCCUCCUGCGGGUCUGCCAAGGAAAUGAAGAAUCGGGGGAUUGCAAAUAUGUCUCUCUCCUGAACAACACCGAGAGCCACCCGGAGUUUACAGAACUGCUGAGGAAACUAUCAAAUCCCAACCAAGAGACAGAGAGAAAUGUCAGAAGGUUGCGGACACAGAGGAGUAAAAACAUCUCAACUGACAGGAAUAAGAAAUCUUAAAUAUUUAUAAUUUCAUUUCCUUAUUGUUCCUUAGCUUGUAAUGUUGGUUUUCACAUCAAAAAGUGAACCGCCGUCUCUCACAGCAUAUUAUUAAUCAAAACCAACAGGUUAAAUGUUUCCACUGUUAGUAAUCGGCUCUGUCAACUGAUAUGUAACGUACCGAUUUAUGUAAUGAAAGAAGUUUAUAUUAACACCAACCAAAGUGUAAUGUCUACUUUUGCUUUCAAGACGCACUCUGUGUUACAGCCACUGUUAGAUUUUCUAAACUCAGCACAUCUCCAGUCACUGUAGUAUAUUAAAGUUUUCUGCUCUCCCUCUC